AUGACGCAGUUUCACAUCUUGCUAUUGAUGGCACUAGCCAUGUUAGUCAAUGGACAGCCAGUCUCCACUGAUUUUAAUGCAACCGAUUUGAUUCAGACAAAUGUUCCCGGAGAAAACGACUUAACGUAUCAAAGUUAUAAUCUCACCACCUUGGAAAGCUCCUUGAUUUACACCAAUGCAUCUGACCCUGAACUUGAGGCUUUGAUUAAAAAGAAAAAGAAAUUGAUCCCCAAAUGGCAGUAUAAUGCAGGUAUUUACCUUGAAAAGAAGGUCAACAAAAAGCUUUUGAAGAAAGCGGGAAAGGGAGGAUUUGCACUCAUGUCCAGUAAUGGUGGCAAUAGUACUUACACAGUAAUUGAUGGUGAUGAUCUCGAUGAUGGAAAUGUUUUUCAUAUCCCCAGCUCUUUCGUUGUUGCUAGAGCCAGUCCAAACACUCAUUCAUUGUUUGCCGAAAAUGUCACUGAUUAUGUUUCUGUUUAUUAUACGAAUACAACUGAUAGUUCUCAGUUCCAAGGCACUUCAAAAGAUCUGACCAAUAGUGUGUAUGGAGAUGAUGAAGAGAGCUCCAGCAACUCGUUUUCUUACAACCCACAAACAUGCAUCUGGACAGUGUUGUUGAUUGCUUUUUGUAUAUUGUAA